UUAGUUUUACAACACCUGCUGAUGUUUAAAGCCAUCUAUAACACAUAGUGGUGGUUAUAACAUGCUUGUAACAUUUAUACAUCAUUCUUAACCCUUUAGGUGUACCAUAGAUAUGAAAUCGGACCAAUUUAAUACUACAUUCUACUUACAAUUGUCUCUGCAAACCCAAUUAUGAAGUUGUUAGAAGAAUUUUCCUUAACCAAAUUCAGAGCUUUACAUCCAGGAUCUGCCCUGAACCCGCUAAGCACAUACCUCAAACUGUGAAUCAGAAUAGAAUGGCAAAGUCCAAAGAGAACGUCCAGAUUCAUGCCAGGAUUGUUUGCACAUCUUUAAAAGUCAAUUCAAUUGAUUCAGAUACUUGAACUUUGGAAAAGUCCCACAUUAAUUAUUUACAGGCUGAAAAAUAGAGCUUAAAAAGAGUGGGAUGUGAGAAGAGAUUUAUCCUGCGGGGUCUGCAAAAUGUCUGGAAAACCAGUCUGUGUUGGUGAUUUUGAACAAUACGCCAAGAGAGUUCUUCCAAAAGCAGUGUACGACUAUUACCGAUCAGGAGCAGACAAUCAACAAACAUUAGCAGAUAAUGUAGCAGCAUUUUCAAGAUUGAGGCUGUACCCACGGAUGCUCAGGGAUGUGUCUGUUAUGGACCUGUCCACCUCUGUCUUCGGGCAGAAAAUCAGCAUGCCAAUAUGUGUCGGAGCAACUGCCAUGCAGUGCAUGGCUCACGUGGAUGGAGAAACAGCUACCGCCAGAGCUUGCAGGUCGCUGGGGACAGGGAUGAUGCUCAGCUCCUGGGCCACCUCCACCAUCGAAGAAGUUGCCCAGGCGGCUCCUGAUGGCCUUCACUGGCUGCAGCUUUAUAUCUACAAGGACCGGGAGGUCACCAGGUCACUCGUGCAGCGUGCUGAGAGAGCAGGCUACAAAGGAAUCUUUGUGACGGUGGACACGCCGCUCCUUGGCAAGCGCUUUGAUGACGUACGCAACAAAUUCCAGCUCCCCCCGCACCUCAGAAUGAAAAAUUUCAACACCGACACUUUGGCAUUUUCCUCCGAGAAAGGCUACGGUGAAAAUAGUGGACUGGCUGUUUAUGUAGCCCAAGCGAUUGAUCCGUCCAUCAAGUGGGAGGAUAUUAAAUGGCUCAGAGGACUAACAUCUCUGCCGAUCGUCGCUAAAGGAAUUCUCCGAGCUGAUGAUGCUAGAGAAGCUGUGAAGCACGGUCUAAAUGGAAUCCUGGUGUCCAACCAUGGUGCGCGCCAACUGGAUGGUGUGCCAGCAACUAUUGAUGUCUUGCCGGAAAUUGUUGAGGCUGUGGAAGGGAAGGUAGAGGUGUUCCUGGAUGGCGGAGUGAGAAAAGGCACGGAUGUUCUCAAGGCAUUAGCUCUUGGUGCCACAGCAGUGUUCAUUGGAAGACCUAUCAUCUGGGGGUUGGUUUAUCAGGGUGAAGAAGGGGCAAAAGAAGUUCUCCAGAUGCUGAAGGAAGAAUUCCAGCUAGCAAUGGCACUUUCUGGAUGCCGGAGCGUGAAAGAGAUUGACACGACAUUGGUACGAAGAACUUCCUCUGCUGUGUCCAAGAUUUAGCACAAAAAAGGUGUUGCUCUGGACAAAACCACCCUCUUCACUGUGGCCAGAUUGUUCUGUUUGGGCCCCGUCAUGAAACCCUUACUUAGGAGAGUAGCCCGAUUGGUUUAUAGGGGGCUACUUCUGAAAGAAGUACAUGGGCCAGGUUUUCCUGAGUGCUCAGUAGCCCACACUAGCCCCUUAAAAGGAGCAGAGCACUUGUGAAAAUCUGGCCCCUGGUGCGAAUAAGGAUGGCAAGAGUGGGCCCUAAUUCUCUCCUGGUGCACACAAUUGUAGUUGUUGUCCAGCUAACCAGAAACUGCUAACUUUUCAAUAUGUGUACAGAUGCGAAGAACUUUUCUCAGAUGUUAACAUGCAUGUCUGGAAGUAGCUUAGCUGUUAAAAUGAAACUAUAAACAGAAAUGUUUUGAUAGCAAACAACUACCAAAAUAUCAAAGUUUAAAGGAUACCUCUUGUUCACUGUUUAUAGAAGCUACACUUCAGAUUGUCCAGAUUAAAUAUUCCUUUCGUAUCAA